AUUGUCAGGCCUUUCCUCAAUCAGAGUUCAGAACUUCAGACUAUUAAUAUUGCUGAAAAAAAUUAUAAUAUUCUGAAAUGUUAUUUAAAUUUUCAAUUUCUUUAGAGUUGUGCUAAUUAUGAAUAACAUAGAACUUGAUAUAUGGCGAGGAGAAUGGGGCCUUGCCUCGAUAGAUAUAGAAUGCCUUAAAGUUUUAACAUAUAUGAAAUUUAUUGGUGUACCUGUGCGAGUUCGAGAAGUAAGCAAUCCAUUCUUCACACCAAAAGGAACAUUGCCUGUUCUGAGAGACGGUAGAAAAGCACUGACGAAUUUUGAAGAAGUUGUAGCAUAUUUAAAAUCUCUAGAUUAUAGCACAGAUGUUCAUUUGAAUACAAAGCAAGCAGCAGAAGCCAGUGCCUUCACACAACACAUUAGAGAGAAGCUUUAUCCUGCUUAUCAGUUUGCAUGGUGGGUUGAUGAAAAGAACUAUGCAGAUCUAACAAGACCAACAUAUGCUAAGGCACUUCAGAUUCCCUUCAAUUUUUAUUAUCCAUCUAAAUAUCAGAAGGCAGCAAAGGAAAUGAUUGAUGCACUGUAUGGAGAGCAUACAGAUUUAAGAGAAAUAGAGAAAACUGUCUAUAGUGAAGCUGAAAAAUGCCUUAAAACACUGUCUGAUCGGCUUGGUGAAAGUGAAUAUUUCUUUGGCAAUCGUCCAUCAUCAUUUGAUGCAACUGUGUUCGCAUACCUGGCACCUUUAUUUAAAGCACCUUUUCCGAAUGGGACUCUGGCAAGCCAUGUUAAGGGCAUUGCUAACCUUACAAGAUUUGUUGCAAGAAUAAAUCAAAAGAAUUUUAGGCAUGUCACUGAUGAAUUCAACAAACAAAAUGCAAAGAAACAGUCAACAGGAACCCAAUCUGACCGAGAAGCUGCUAAUUUUCCUAAUCAGACUCGAAAUAAGAUAUUAGCUGCCAUAUUUGCUGGUAUUGCCAUGACAGGCUAUGCUGUUGCAAAUGGCAUGUUUCAGCGAUGGUCAUCAUGGAGUUGGCAGAAAACGGUGUCGCUCAAUCGGUUCCGAAUAGCGAAGAAACAUUUCGAGAAAAUUAAAAGGAUCAAAGCUGCAAAGGAAGAAUCUGUCUAGUAUAAUAACAUUAAAUUAGGAUAAUUGUUUUUGGAGUUUAUGGCCUGGUAUCAAGGCCUUUAGGGCAAAAUUAAGACAAAAUUGAUCUCAGGGGUUGCCACUAAUUUUAUUUGUUAAACCAAAAGGUACCAUAGACAUUAGACCUAUCAUAUGAGCUGGUAGGUCCAAUUGUUAUAGCAUUCGUAUUCAUAAUAUUAUAAUUUACUUUGCCAAGCUUCAUAGAUGAAAGGUUUUAGAAGAAAUUCUGUUCAUUUCUUUCAUGAAGUUUCUACUGACGCCACAUUGAAAAUACUUUGAUAUAAAUGAUUUAAUUUCUUGAACAUACAAAGGAAAUGUUACAAUCGCAAGUAUAUAAUAUAUUAUGAUGAAUGAGUAAAAUUUUGUGAAGUUAAAAUAUUUGGUUACUAUGUUAUUGCUAUGGAACUGUGUUUCUAAAAU